AUGGAUAAUACGCCCGAAGGUUGGUACCGCGGCCUGCCCAUAGUGACCCGUGCUAUCUUCACCACGAUGUUCAUCACCACUUGCCUGGUCCAGAUGGGGUUGCUGAACCCAAUGCUGAUUAUAUUGGAUUGGCGACUAGUCUACCAGAAACUGAAUUUUUGGAGGGUCUUCACCAGCGUGCUCUUUCUAGGCAAAUUCAGUUUCAACUUCGUCAUGCAACUGUACUUCUUCACUUCAUUCGGGAGCAAGCUCGAGCGCUCGGAUCGAUUCAGCGCAAUGCCGGGCGACUAUGCGUACUUCUCGGUCGUUGUGACCUUCCUCAUAGCAGUUUUGUCCGUAUUCCUCAACUACCCAUCUGGCAUGCCACUGUUGGGCUCGUCGUUCAUCUUUGCUAUUAUCUACUACUGGUCAAGAUUCGUCAUCCAGGGAUAUCAGUUCCCCCUCUGCUCUCAUGGUCUUCACCAUGCUCAUGGGAGGGUGAGUGUCAUCUCGAUUGGNNNNUACUACUUCCUCCGAGAUGUGGUGCCAAUGGAGUACGGCAAGGAGUACCUCAAAACGCCCGAGUUCAUGAACAAGUUGAUGGUCCGAGCAGGAGCUGGUCAGCCAGGAGCCGCAGCCAACUAUCAACGACAAGCUCAAAUGCGACAGCAGAGAGAUAUGCGAUUCCAGGGUGAGGGUCAUCGUCUGGGAUAA